AUGUUCGGGGGCCGGGCGGGAACAGCGGCGGCCGUAGGAGCGGGCGCCGCCGCUUUCCUGUUGCUGCUGGUCCUGUCGCUGGUGGUGAGACAGCUGCUGAAACAGAGGCGGCCGGCUGGCUUUCCUCCUGGCCCAGCGAGGCUGCCUCUCAUCGGCAAUAUCCAUUCCUUGGCGUCGGAACAGCCUCAUAUUUACAUGAAGAGGCAGAGCGAGCUCCACGGGCAGAUCUUUAGUCUUGAUCUUGGCGGUAUAUCAGCUAUUGUACUGAAUGGCUAUGAUGCUGUAAAAGAAUGCCUUAUCCAGCAAAGUGAUGUUUUUGCAGACAGACCAUCUCUUCCUUUGUUCAAGAAGCUGACAAAUAUGGGAGGUUUAUUAAACUCCAGAUAUGGCAGAGGAUGGACAGAGCAUCGCAAAUUAGCUGUAACCAGCUUUCGGAUUUUUGGAUAUGGUCAAAAAUCUUUUGAAUGCAAAAUAUCGGAAGAAUCAAUUAUUUUUCUUGAGGCAAUUGAUACCUAUAAAGGCAAACCUGUUGAUCUGAAACACUUGAUAACAAGUGCAGUUUCCAAUAUUACUAACUUGAUUAUUUUUGGAGAACGAUUUACAUAUGAAGACACUGAGUUUCAACAUAUGAUUGAAAUAUUUAGUGAAAACGUUGAAUUGGCAGCUAGUGCUGCAGCUUUUUUAUAUAAUGCUUUUCCGUGGAUUGGUACCUUUCCUUUUGGAAAACACCAACAACUCUUUAAAAAUGCAGCUGAAGUCUAUACAUUUCUUCUUCAUCUUAUUGAACGUGCCUCAGAGAAUAGGAAACCUCAGUCACCUCGACAUUUCAUAGAUGCUUAUUUAGAUGAGAUGGAUAGAAAUAAAGAUGACCCAGAGUCCACAUUUUCAACAGAAAACUUAAUUUUCUCUGUUGGAGAAAUUAUGAUUGCUGGAACAGAAACUACAACCAAUGUUCUAAGAUGGGCAGUGUUAUUCAUGGCUCUUUAUCCUAAUAUUCAAGGGCAAGUGCAUAAAGAAAUUGAUUUAAUCAUGGGGCCAAACAAAACUCCUUGCCUAGAAGAGAAGUGCAAAAUGCCAUACACAGAGGCAGUCCUACAUGAAAUUUUAAGAUUCUGUAAUAUAGUUCCAUUAGGGAUUUUUCAUGCAACCUCUAAGGAUACAGUUGUGCGUGGUUAUUCCAUCCCUGAAGGCACUACAAUAAUUACUAAUCUCUAUUCUGUACAUUUUGAUGAAAAGUACUGGAGCAACCCGGAAGUUUUUUGGCCUGAGAGGUUUUUGGACAGCUCGGGACAAUUUGUCAAGAAGGAAGCGUUUGUUCCUUUUUCAUUAGGGAAAAGACACUGUUUAGGAGAACAGCUGGCCAGAAUGGAAAUGUUUUUAUUUUUUACUUCAUUGCUUCAACGAUUCCAUUUGCACUUUCCUAGUGCUUUGAUUCCAAACCUUACACCAAAAUUAGGCAUGACAUUACAACCUCAUCCAUAUCUUAUCUGUGCGGAGAGACGAUGUUGAAUGCAAAAUAUAUCCUAACCUUCUGAAAUAGUGGCUAAGUGUGGACAGAUUCAAACAACUAGCUAAUAUUAUUUAUUAGUAUUAUUUAUAAAGUACAUUAAAAGUUAGGCACUGAAACCAGUGAGGUAAAACAAAGUCUGCCCACACAAGGUUCAAAACAGAAGUAGCUGAUUCACAUUGUGGUGGUCUUUUACCAGCUGAGCAGUUCAUAUUUGUGCUAAAAAUUUUCAGAUCAAUGUAAUUGCUCAAAGGGCAAGCUGCCUAAUGGUCAGAGGUAUGUAACUGAUGCUCUAGUCCAUAACAUUCAAACUUCUUUCAGGAAAAUGUGGUUUAAAUCCUGUCAUAUGUCCUAGAUAUAUUUCCCAGAAGGUAAUGGAGGGUAGAGUAUGGCCGAAAAUAUGCUCCAUAUCAUUUGGUGGUAUUUGGUGAAUAGGGUGUGUUGUAGUAGACAUUUCCUAAACUUCUUUAGAAGCUGCCCUCUAGAAAAUUCCACAUAGCCUCUUACUCCCCAGGAAAAUUAGCCCAGCCUUUGGCUUAUUAACACUUAAUUUUCCUGGUCAGGGACUGGGCUGAUUGCUGCUUUCCUUUUCCAAUUUAACUAACUCCAGGCAGAAUAUACAACUUUUCCAUUGGUCUGGGGUAUAAAAGCUCCUUACAGCUUUUGAAGUAACUCAGGCUG